UAGAUAAGACAAGAAACCGAUGUGAAUAUUUAAACAAAUUAAGGAAGGUGACAUCAAGACAAAAAUUUGACGCCAGCAAAAAUCCGCAAUAAGGAGGUUCAGCCGAUCUGCAGCUCAGCAACACGCCUACAUAUGAGAAAAUGGUUUUUCUGGGGUAGGCGUCUGUUUGAUUAGCGCAAGAAGUCUUAUGUAUACUUCAUAAUGAUGGAUAUGUCAGGAUUGUUCCUGUCCAGCGUGUACAGAUCUUGGGUAGACAAUGAAAGGACACAAUCAUUUAAAGAAGAGGCUGGACCUAAAGCUGAAACGCCGGAAAACCCUUUCUGUAUGGUAGCGGCUAUUGACUUUGGAACCACAUUUAGCGGCUAUGCUUACUCUUUUACCUCCAACGAAAGCGACAUCUAUAUUAACGCCAACUGGGGAGCAAGUGUCGGUCAACAGCUCUACCGGACGCCAACUACGGUGUUAAUCAGCCCGGAUCAAUCUGAGGCAUAUUUUGGAUUCGAAGCGCAGCAGAAGUUUCUUGAAGAAUUAGAGCCAGAGGAGGUUUCAGAGUGGUACCUGUUUGAGCGGUUCAAAAUGAAGCUAAAUGCAGAAUUGGAGAUAAACCCCAGAACAACAAUGCUUCAGGCCGAUAACGGAAAAUCUCUCCCUGCUCAAGUAGUCUUUUCCCAUGCAAUUAGGUUGCUUAAAGAGCACUUGCUUGAGUCACAAAAACAGUCCGUCUUGGCUACAGAGGUAUUGUGGGUGAUCACAGUGCCCUCUGUCUGGUCAGAUCAAGCCAAAGAGUUUAUGCGGCUAUCUGCAAUAAAGGCAGGUAUUCCGCGAGAACAGCAGUUAAUCGCAUACGAGCCAGAAGCGGCGUCUCUGUAUUAUCUGAAACAGUGCAAACAGACGCCGCAGAGAAAUCCUGCUGGCACCGUGUCGCUUGACAUCAACAAACCCGGAGUUACAUUUAUGGUCGCCGAUCUGGGGGGCGGGACAGCGGACAUCACAGUCCAAGAGAUUGACCGAACUACCUUAAAACCUAAAAUUCUGAGCAGGCCCACAGGGGGACCGUGGGGAGGAGACGCCGUGAAUGUGGAGUUUGAAAAACUUCUGGAUUCGGUAUUUGGAAAAGAAAAAAUGGAUGGCUUCCGCGCCUUGCACCCAGAUCAUUGGCAUCGCAUCAUCAGAGAAUUUGAAAUCAAGAAACGAACUCUAUCGCCAGUCAAGCAAGUUCCAACUCGUCUAGUGUUUCCUGCAGGUUUUCUCUCCUAUGCUAGCUCUCACCAGAUGUCACUUGCCGAAUCAUGUAACAUGUACGAACCAAAAGGAGCUUUAACGUGGAGCAUCGAUAAAAUUCGCAUUUCUAGUGACGUCAUGCGAGGACUUUUCGAGCGUACAAUUAAAGCAAUUUCCAAUCACUUGUUGGAGUUCAUAACAACAAAUGAGAACAAUAUAUCUUUCCUUGUUCUUGUUGGCGGAUUUUCAGACUGUCCUUUACUGCAGGAAGCAAUUACGGAAAGGUUCAAAGGUCGUUUGAAGGUCAUUACACCAGGCAAUGAUGGCGGUUUGUGUGUUGUAAAGGGGGCGGUAGUGUAUGGACAAAACCCCGCCAUAUUCAAACAGCGCGUUGCUGGCUAUACGUAUGGCAUCGAAUGCGUCGAACCAUUUGAUAAAAACUCACACCCGAUUGAACUUAAAGAAGUCUACGAAGGUGGAGUUGAAAAAUGCGCUCGAGUAUUCAAAACUAUAAUCAAGAAAGAUGAAUCGGUGAAAGAAGGAGAGGUUAGAAAACUCCGGUUUCAUGCCGUUAGAUCCCGUCAAAACAGUAUGACUUUACCAGUUUACGCAAGUGAAAAGAAAGACGUGAAGUUUACAAAUGAAGAGAAAACGUGGAAGAUUGCUGAUCUUGAAGUCCGAAUGCCUAUCCAGAAAGGGGGUACAAAACGACAGGUAGAAGUACUGAUUAAUUUCAGCAGAACCACCAUUUCUGUUCGAGCCCUAGAUUUGGCAAGCAAUAACACGACUGAAGCUACCCUGAAUUUUUUUAACGAUUAUAGUUAAACUAAAGACGCAUUUUCGAGAAAUAUAUCUACUUUUCAGACGAAGAUGACAAACAAUAACAUGUGCCAGUGCGCAAGAAGCAUAUUACCAUUAAAAGAUAUUCAUGUGCCUGUAGGACGGAAUUAUAUAAUUUUCUUUUCCUUUGUGUUUGUAUUACAACGUUGAUACUUUUCUUCUUCGCAGCAUCAUUAUCAAAGUACUGCCACCGAGUGAUCUUUUCUAUAGAAUUUGCGUGUACAUAUUCCCUAAACAAUUUGAAUUAUUUGAAAGCCAUAUACAAAAACUGUACCUUGUUUGAAUUGUGGGGAUUUAAAAAGGAGAUUAAAAAAAACGUUAAAAACUUCACGGGCCAUAUUUUAUAUUCGACAAAUAAAUUGCGAUAACACACGAUAAUAAUAUUACAAAGAUCAACUCCGUUACCAAUUAAUCGCCUGCUACAAACGUGAAGUGUUUUUGGUGCAGGACUUAUGUUAUCUUGAAUGACAAUUGACACUCGAUAACAAAAACAAUUGCAGAAGUCCUUAAGAACAGCAAAACUCGAGAUAAUAGAAUCCAGGUAGGAUACUAAGUUCAAGGAGGCCCUAUUUUAUACAGACUACAUGUACCACUAGCUGUACCGUUAGCAUCCAUUUAAAACCCUUGAUCUAGCGAUUACCAACACGUGUCUUUAUCGUGAUCUUAGCUGUCAAUACUGAUUAGUUAAUUUCUGGUUUAUUGUCAC